AUGAAGAAGACAUUCGAAUACGAUAAUAAUCUACCAUCAUUGCCAUUGCCAACAUUGGAACAUACACUUGAACGUUAUCUUGAUUCUGUACGAGCCGUUGUUGAUGAGAAUGAUUAUGCUAAAACAAAGGAAAUCGUUGAACAAUUUGCGAAAGGAGUUGGACGAGAGUUACACGAACAAUUGAAAGCCAGAAGCAAGGCGGAAAAUGGAAGAAAUUGGUUAGCAAAAUGGUGGGAUGAAGAAAUCUACUUUAAAUGGCGUUUACCCAUAGCACCGACUAUAAACAUGAUAGGUUUCAGUUGUUUGAUACCACCAAAAGCCGGUUCUCAACUUGAACGAACAUGUGUACACAUGCAUGCAUGCGCUCUUGUUUUCCAAAAUAUUCGCGAAGAACGCUACCCGAUAUCAUACAUGGUCUCAGAAGAUGAGAACUCACCACCCACCCAUGUUGUGGUCAUCCGUAAUGGUCUCAUGUAUACGUUCGAUCUCUAUCAAGCGGGCGAACUUUUAUCACCACCAGAAAUUCUACGAAGGUUAGAAGAUAUCAUGGGACGAAGCGAACAUAAGUCCGGACUUGGUUUAGGUGCAUUGACAGCAUUGCCACGUGAUGAUUGGGCGGAUGUGCGUGAUCAUCUAUGUCAUUUAGAUGAACGGAAUCGAAGAAAUCUACAAACUAUUGAGCAAGCAUUAGGUGUUUAUGCAUUUGAUAAUGAGAAUGUGGAAAAUUUAACCGAGGCUGCCGGCAUUGGUAUGUUGAAAAAUCCUCAAUCACGCUGGUUCGAUCGAUCGAUGCUGUAUGUGGUCACUCGUAAUGGUCUUGUUGUGACAAAUAGUGAUCAUUCCGCUUACGAAGGCAUUAUUCCAUUGCAAAUCGGUGACCUUAUUCAACAGCAUAUAGAUUCACUUGAGCAAAGAACUUCCUGUCCAGUAUCUGCUGUUCCCUAUGACCAAAAUGUAGUUCAAGAAUUGAUCUUUACAUACGAUGACUCGAUCACAACUUCUAUUGAUCGUGCAGUCAACCUAUUCAGCCGUUCAGUUGCCGAUAUCGAUCUUCUAGUAGUCAAUGUAACCGAAUGUUCAAAAGAAGACAUAAAGCAGUAUGUCCGCAUGCAUCCUGAUACAUUCUUUCAAUUAUGCCUUCAAUUAGCUUAUUUUAAAACGCAUAACUAUAAACCCGCAGCGACGUAUGAAACUGCAGCUACACGAAAAUUUUUUCGUGGUAGAACAGAAACAUUGCGAACAUGUACAGUGGAGGCGCUUGCAUGGUGUCGAGCAAUGACUAAUCAACACGAUCGAUAUACCGACAAAGAUCGGAGAAAAUUGUUUCAUCUUGCUGCUAAACGUCAUCAGGAACUGAUGAGUGAAGCCUCAGAGAAUCAAGGUUGUGACCGGCAUUUAUUUGGUUUAAGUAUGAUCGCAUAUAUGACCGGACAGCCUUUCGAACUGAGUAAAGAUCCCUCGUGGACAAAAAGUGGUGGCAGUGGUAAUUUUAUAUUGUCAACGAGUUGUAUUGGUUUCAGUACGACUACUGGUGGAACAAUGGCAAUGUGUUGGAAUGGUUAUGGCGUUUUCUAUCGAUUUGGCAAAGAGGCAACAACAUUCGUGGUCACAGCUUAUCGAAAUUGUCCGGAUACGAAUGCUCAAAUACUGGCAGAUUCAAUCAAACAUACUUUAAUCGAAGUGAAAAAUUCGUUUAUGACAUCUAAUUUAUAG